GCCGGGGAGAGGGAGCGGUGCACUCCGAGCUCGGGAGGCGGCUGCGGGGAGCGGAGCCCUGUCCCGGCCGCCGCGGGAGGACAGAGGGAGGCGGGGGCCCAGCGAGGAAGGCGAGGAUAAAUGGGUGUAUAUGGCUUUUCCCCUGAUCUAAAGUGGUUCCAUGUCUUGUUUGGACUGCUCCUGUAUUCUGCGUACACCAGUUGAACCAAUCAGACCAGAAGAGCUAUCUCAGAGCAGCAUCCAUGAAUGCCUGACUGCUUCUGAUCUAGCCUGGAUUCCCCCAUCUACAGGAAAGAAUGAAAUGGUAUUUUGCUCUUCUAAUGUCUCUCAUUAUGAACUCCAGCUGGAAAUAGGAAGGAGGUUCAACAAUUUAACUUCAGUCUACCUUGCACGGCAUACACCUACAGACAGGCAAGUUGCUGUAAGGAUCACAGAUCUUGAAAACUGUUCUGAAGAGCACUUGAAAGCCUUACAGAAUGAGGUGGUUUUAUCGCACUUUUUCCAGCAUCCCAACAUAAUGACAUUUUGGACAGUGUUUACAGCUGGAAGCUGGCUUUGGGUCAUCUCCCCAUUCAUGGCCUAUGGUUCAGCUAGACACCUACUGAAGACUUACUUUCCUGAAGGAAUGAGUGAAGCUUUGAUAGGGAACAUUCUGUUUGGUGCAAUCAGAGGAUUAAAUUACAUGCACCAGAAUGGAUAUAUUCACAGGAAUAUUAAAGCUAGCCACAUUCUGAUUUCAGAGGAUGGGCUGGUUUCUCUCUCUGGCCUAAAUAACCUCUACAGUUUAGUUAGCAAUGGAGAGAAGUCAAAGGUGGUGUACGAUUUUCCCCAGUUUAGUACAUCUGUGCUUCCUUGGCUGAGUCCUGAACUACUGAGACAGGAUUUGUCUGGCUAUAACAUGAAGUCUGACAUUUACAGUGUGGGAAUUACAGCAUGUGAAUUAGCCAAUGGACACGUUCCAUUUCAAGAUAUGCCUCGCACUCAGAUGCUGCUGCAAAAGCUGAAAGGUCCCACCUACUGUCCUUGGGAUAUAAAUACCUUUCCCCGGGCAGAAUCCAGGAUGAAGAAUUCCCGAUCAGGUGUUGAUUCUGGAAUUGGUGAGAGCAUGACACGCACAAUGACCAGUGAAAGACUUCAAAUGCCCUUUUCCAAAACGUUUUCACCUGCUUUCCACAACUUGGUAGAACUUUGCUUGCAACAGGAUCCUGAGAAAAGGCCAUCAGCAAGCAGUUUGCUUUCGCAUACGUUCUUCAAACAGAUAAAGGAACAAACACAGAAUUCACUACUGUCCCUACUACCACCUCCUAUUCAGAGUAACAGAUCAGAGUUCUUGGCACUGCCCUCAGCAGCAGUUGGGACCGAACUUGGACGUAUUGCUACAAAUCAAGACGAUACAGACUGGGAAUUCUAAAUAAAUAUUAAUGAUACCUCUCCAGUUUUUCAGAAAAGGAAAAUGUGAUUUGUAUUUGCUGCUUUUGUAUGGUUAAAAUACAGUUAGACCAAGUAUACUUGAAACACCAUGAAGUGGCUUUAAUUCAUUAUCUUCCUCUUGGCAUCACAAAAUGCAGCGUGCCUCACUCUCUGUAAGGAAAACUGUGUAUAAAGAAUGGCUGAGUGCUC